AUGACUGAUUCACUUUAUGCUCUGAGGGAGCAGCUGAACAAUCAAAGGUUUGAUCAAUUAGCUCAAACGCUUCACCAGUUUAGAAGCACUGUUGAUAAUGAUAUUCAUGGCGCCAUUCUGCUGGAAAAUCUGAUAAUAGAUAGCUUGAACGAUAACUUUGGUCAAAUGAUGCAGCAGGUGAGAAGAACGGGUGGCGACCUUCGAAACGUGCUUAGAAGGAAUGCUAGUUUAUCAAAAGUUGUUGGCGUAAUAUUAAUCGGAUUCAUUGUACUUUGGAUGCUUUAUAAAUUGAGAUGA